AUGCCCUUGCCAUCUUCGGAAGGGAUGGAAAGUCCUUCAAAUAGACCCCAAGAGAAUGUGCUGGUUAUUGGAGCAGGCCCAGUUGGGCUUGCCAUCGCGUUGAGGCUAGCGCUAGCUGGUAUCGAGGUGGAUGUGAUCGAGAAAGAGUCCAGUCUAGGUGAAGAACCACGUGCUGUGACAUAUUACGCAAGCGCACUGAUUGCUUUGAACAAAAUGGGAGUGAUUCCAGAUAUCAAGAAAGCAGGGUUUGUGUCAGAAGGAUUCUGCUGGCGCAAACCAAUAUGCGAGGACGGCCAUGGCGGUUACAAGAUGGGGGAUGUGAUGGCUCGUCUGCCUAUCCCCCGAGAAGGGAGUGAGUCUCUCGGGGGCGGAGGUAUCUUAUAUCUGCCGCAACCUGAGUUAACUCAACUGUUAUUCGAGAAGGCAAUAGCCACCGGUUUGGUUACUGUACAUUUUGAAGAAAACCUCAUCGGUAUUCAGCAAGAUCAUUCUAGCGUCAGGGCCACGACCAAACACGACAAUACCGAGAAAAUAUUCAAGGCAUCUUAUCUGGUGGGCGCUGAUGGUGGCCAGUCGGCCACUAGACGGCUGCUGGAUAUUCAUCUGAAAGGGCAUAGUUGGCCGGAAAAAUUACUCUCCAUUGACUUGCUAUUUGAGGAUCCGAGUAUUGACAAUGAGUUUCCCAGUCAGUUCAUUGUUCAUCCGAUUCACUGGGGGAUUGUCACUCCAUUGAAGCCCGUGGAGUCCGGCAAACGGACUUUAUACCGAUGCGCUGUUAGCCUAGACCCAGAAGACAAAACACCGACUGACGAAAUAAAUUCCCCAGCUCAUGUUGUGGCCCUUCUUGAGAAGAUGCUUCCUGGUCCACGGCCAAUCAAGGGAAAAGUGAUCAAGUCAUCUCUCUACCGGAUCCAUCAACUUUGUGCUUCAACAUUUAGGAGGGGGAGAUGUGUGCUUGCAGGUGAUGCUGCUCACUUGAAUAACCCAAUGGGUGGGAUGGGACUUACGACGGGCCUGAUUGAUUCCGAAGCUCUAUGCGACAUCCUCGAAAUGAUUAUCCUCAAAGGAAAGGCAUGCGACUUGUUAGAUGUCUAUUCAAAUGAGAGAGCAAAGGCAUUCCAGAUGUUCGUUGACCCUCAGAGCUCGCAGCAUAAACUUCGAAUACAAUGCGACCCUGAACUUUUCCAUGAAGACUGGUUGAUUCAGCAGUUGAACAGUGCGUCUCCGAAACUUUUGGAAGAGUUUGGGCUCCCAUUUUUCCAGCAGUGGAGAGUGGACAUGGGGGAGAUAAUCUCGAAUAUAACAGUUUCUUGA